AUGACGGCCUCUCGCGGGCCUCGCAGGGCACCUCCUCGCCGUGCCUUCUCCGCUCGGAGCCUCGUUGGGAACCUGUUGGUGACGCUAGUGCUCUGGCUACCCGCGCCCACCGAUGCCUGUGAUGAGAUACCAAGAUAUGUCUCCAUGAAACCCAAGGGUAAUCCUGUGGCCCCUGUAGAAGUUGGGUUCAAAGCAGAAUACGAGUGUCGCCCAGGAUACAGGUUUAUUGUGCCUCUUGUUCGUCCCACCUCUACUGUUUGUCAGGCAGAUGGCACAUGGGCACCUACUCUCCAGGAAAUUUGUACAAGAAAAUCAUGUCCACAUCCAGGAGAGCCCUUAAAUGGCCGUGUAGACGGAAGUACUCAGUUUGGUUCACAGGUUAACUAUUCUUGUAAUGAGGGUUAUUACUUAGUUGGAAAUUCAUUUCUGCGUUGUGAACUUAUUGGAAAUGAAGUGGCUUGGAGUGGUGACGCCCCACAGUGUAACAGGAUUUUGUGUAAACCACCUCCACAAAUACAAAAUGGAGAAUUCACCAAUAGCCAAAAGGAUACAUUUGAAUAUAAUGAAGUAGUCACUUACAGCUGUAAGCCUUCCGGUGGAUCAGAUCCAUAUUCCCUUGUUGGAAAUAGCACAUUGAGAUGUUCUGGGCAAGACAAAUGGAGUAGUGACCCUCCUGAGUGUAAAGUGGUCAGAUGUGAAUUUCCAUCAGUCCUUAAUGGAGAGCUUGUGUCAGGAUUUGGAACAAAAUUUUACUACAAAGAUGAGGUUGAAUUUAAAUGCAAUGAGGAUUAUUCCCUUGAAGGCAGCCCCAAAAUUGUCUGUGAAGCUAAUGCCACCUGGGUACCCGAGAAGCCUCGCUGUGUUAAAGUGGUGCCUCCUCCUCCUCCCAGUACCACAACUCCGAUUUUGAGUCCUUCAGUGUCAACUCCUCCCAGCACAAAACCUCCAAUUUCCAGUGUCACAGGUGUCAAGCCUAGUCCACCAACCAAGCCUCCAGUUUCAAGUAGUCCAGAUUUUACUCCUGUUCCUGGUGAAACACCAUCUAAAUCAUUAGGUGGUGGAGUCAUUGCUGUGAUUGUUAUUGCUGUAUGUGUUUUCUUGGGACUCAUUGCUGGCUGCUGUGUGUAUCUUCAAAAGAAGAAGAAGAAAGGGGAAACAGAAGGCACUGCAGCCUACAGCACAUACCAGAAUAAAUCAAGCACUCCAGCACAGCAGAUACUCUGA